AUGGCAGGAAACAAUGAAUUUCUAACAGAAGUGCAGAUCAUAGAGAAUGUCCACGACUCUCAAUAUAUUCGUCCGAUAAGAAUGAAAUUCAAAAGGAAUGGUAAACUCAUCAAAUGGGAUCUUAUGUUACGACAUGAUAGUGUUGCUUGUUUGUUGUUCCAUAAGCAAAAAAAAUCAUUUCUGUUUGUCAAACAGUUUCGUCCAGCUGUUUAUGCUGUAAAAGUACGCAAAAUGGAAGAAAACGCUAACAAAGCUUGGAAUGAAAUAAAGUGGGAAAAGUAUCCGAUUAGUAUAGGUGAGACGAUAGAAUUAUGUGCCGGUAUUAUUGAUAAACCAAACGUCAGCUCACACAAACACAUGCAGGAAGAAAUUCUAGAAGAAUGCGGUUAUGAAGUAAACGAGAACGACAUUCAAAUGAUAAAAACAUAUAUAACGGGAGUAGGAUCAUCAGGUGCUAGUCAAGAACUGUUUUAUGCCGAAAUCGAUGAGACGAUGAAGAUCAGUGAAGGAGGAGGAGUAGAAUCAGAAAAGAUCGAAAAGGUUUUCAUGACAAUACAAGAAGCACAGAUGUAUUGCGAACUGAAAGAAGUAACGAGCUCAACAGGUCUCCUUUAUAGUUUGAUGUGGUUUUUCAAGAAUCGUCUGCCAAACAUCAUCUCUUGA